AUGGCGACCGAGGGCGAAUACGAGUCGAUCCUGUGUGUGAAACCUGACGUCAACGUUUACCGAAUCCCGCCGCGGGCAUCGAACCGGGGAGUCAGGGCUGCGGAUUGGAAGCUGGACGCCCCUGAUUGGACAGGCCGUAUGAGAGUGACUGCUCGGGGAAAAGUGGCUUUCAUCAAACUGGAGGACAAGAUCUCUGGGGAGCUGUUUGCACAGGCACCAGUGGACGAGUACCCUGGCAUCGCCAUAGAAACCGUCAGUGACUCCAGUCGUUACUUUGUGCUUCGGAUCCAGGAUGAGAGUGGUCGCAGUGCGUUCAUAGGCAUCGGGUUCGGGGACAGAGGAGACUCGUUUGACUUCAACGUGGCGCUGCAGGACCACUUUAAGUGGGUGAAACAGGAGCUUGAGAUCAGUAAGCAGUCUCAGACUCCAGACAACACUCCUAAACUGGACCUGGGUUUCAAAGAAGGACAGACCAUCACUCUCAAUAUCGGGCAAGGCAGAAAGAGAGACAAGUCCCGCCCCCAGAGCGCUGGUGGCUUUGGGCUCCUCCCUCCUCCCCCUGGCGGUGGAGGCACCAAGAUAGCCCCUCCCCCUAUGGGGAGACUUAUUCUCUGCGGGAAGUGA